GCAGUUCUACUUAACCGCAGCGUGUUUUUUAUUAUUUUACGUUUUUUUGAAUUUCUGAAGAAACCUCAACAAAAUUUCUAGUAACUUUUACGUAGUAGCUUAUUAUUCAGAGGUUAAUUACAGAGUCAAGCUAUAAAUAAAAGUGUAUUAUGUACAAUGUAAAACGUUUGUAUAAUAAACGUUAUUUGUUAAUAUUUGAUGCAGAAUAGAAAUUAUUCAUAGGCAUAUUCCACGUACUCACGUCAACUACACUAUAGUUUGAAUUCGAUUGUUCGAAGGUCAGUAAAUAUCAGUCGAUAUUAUAAGUUGGCAAUUGGAAAAUGUGCAGCUACAAAUUAAAUAUGUCAAUGAAAGUGAGAGCAAAAAGUUAAAAAACCUUGAAACGCACACGCGGAAAUGUCUAAAGUGAGAAGAUAAAGUCGAGAAAAAAAGGAAAGGACCGUUAUGCUUUAAAAAGUGCUGCAGAAGAUAAAUUAAAAAUAUUGACGAUCGCAAAGAGGAAGAAUAAAAAGUUUUCGAGUCUUAUAGAUGAAAUUGCGAAUGCUCAGCAGACGGAUACGUUGUUGUAUAAGGUGGUGGGGUCGCCAAGAGAUAAGGUAGAUCAAGAGCACUUGGUAGCAUUAUUACAAAGCAGUUGCGGCGACAACAAUCCGACGUACCUGCUUCGAAGAAACGCAGCUCCACCACAAGGAUGUUGCGAGAAUAUUCACCGGUGACACAGGCUCUCUUAGGCACCCUGCUUACAUGGGCACUCACUGCUGCUGGCGCCGCUCUCGUCGUUGUUAUUCGCGGUAAACAGAGGAAAUUGCUGGACGGAAGCUUAGGUUUUGCUGCUGGCGUAAUGGUCGCAGCAAGCUAUUGGUCUUUACUCGGCCCAGCAAUCGAAAUGGCUAAGGAGAGCAAAUUUUACGGAGUCGAGGGUGAAUAUGCGUUCGUACCAGUGAGCAUUGGCUUCUUACUGGGAGCAGCAUUUGUGUUCGGCACUGACGAGCUCAUAUCGAGCCUUGGCAUCAUAUCGAGCCUUGGCAUACAAUCGCCGAAUGUGCUCUUAGCCAUGCAAUCCGUUGGUACGCAACACAACAACAAAUCACUCCAUCAAAGAUAUACCCUCGGCAAACAAAAAAGUGAUACAGAAGAUUUUAACACUGAUAGCAGCCCACUUAGUUAUAUUUCUUAUGCAUCCGAAGUACCCAAAGUAUGCACCCAAGUCGAGUCGUCUACUAUAGAUGGAUUCUAUGAGCAGCAUGCUCGAAGAAGAAUACCGAUUGGCACUUCUAGGACAAAUCAACAAAUCGAAGUUGGCACUUUGUACGAGGAUCCUAGUAGUGAGGCUAAGAAUAAUCAGUGGAAAAGGAUACUGUUACUUGUUGUUGCGAUAACUGUACAUAAUAUUCCCGAAGGAUUGGCUGUAGGAGUAGGCUUUGGUGCUGUAGGAAGUAGCGCAUCGGCAACUUUUGAAAAUGCAAGAAAUUUAGCUUUUGGUAUAGGUAUUCAGAACUUUCCCGAAGGUUUGGCAGUGUCGUUACCAUUGCAGGCUGUUGGUUUCAGUACAUUUAAAAGCUUCUGGUAUGGACAGCUAUCAGGAAUGGUUGAGCCACUGGCCGGUGUACUGGGUGCUGCUUGUGUCACUUUUGCCGCGCCUGUACUACCUUACGCCUUAGCAUUUGCAGCUGGCGCUAUGAUUUAUGUAGUAAUUGACGACAUCAUUCCUGAAGCACAUCAAAGCGGCAAUGGAAAACUAGCCAGCUGGGGCGCUGUUCUUGGUUUUUUGGUGAUGAUGUCGCUAGAUGUUGGCUUAGGUUAAGAGACGUAAUUGCGACGAAGGAUUUGAUAAAAUAUUUGAGGUAAAUUUAGCUUCUAACGUUUGGGAAGAGAACGCUGAAGCUAAAACUUCGAAAAUACAUGCAUACAUUAUGCAUCGAACUGAAGAGUCAUUGUAUGACUGUACGAUUUUUUAUAAAAAAUGCAUUUCGUAAAGCGUGUUAAAUAUUGAUAACCGUGUACUAAUUUUAUCGAUGUUGUAUAUUUUUACUAAAAAGUACGCAGCACAACUUUUUUGCAUUUACAAUUCUGUACCGUGUAAGUUUCAACUCAAUUGUAACGACAAUAGCAUUUAGCGAAAGCCUAAUUAUUGAACAGGUCAUAAAUAAAGUGAUAUAAAAAUUGCGAGGAAGGUAUAAGUUAAGAAGAGAUA